GAAUUGACACUGCUUGGAAAACCUAAAAGACCUCGUACUGGCUUUAACAUUUUUGUGUCGGAACACUUUCAAGAAAGUGAGGGGAUUUCACCUGUGGCAAAGUUGAAGCAAUUAUUUGAUGCCUGGCAAAAACUGUCCAGUUCUCAAAAGCAGCCAUACCUGCAGCUUGCUGAAGAUGAUAAGGUUCGAUAUGGAAACGAAAUGAAGUCGUGGGAAGCCAAAAUGGUUGAACUCGGACGUGAAGACCUGAUACGUUCCAGAAAGCAAAAGCCAAAACCGAAAACUGCUGAAACUGCAAAGAAAGCUGGAACGGUCAAGGCUUCCUCACGUGAAAAGAAGGCAAAGUUAAAGUUGAAAAAAUCGGAAGAAUAA